AUGAGGGUCCAGCCCCAAAAGAACACCGAUCAACACAUAUGGGCAGUAUACUCCUCGCCCUCAUGUUGGUGGACAGCUCGUGACCUUGGUCCUGAACUCGGGGGCGUUGAACAGCUGAAUGAUGCCAUAGAGAAUGAAGACUUGUGCAAGCUACAUACAAAGCUUCAAGGCCUCGCGGACCCUGGUCCCUCAUGCCCUCCAGAUGAGGAUAGUUCAGACAGUUCCGAUUCGGAAGAUUCCGAGGUCGAAGUUACGACGAAGAACUUCAAGGAACUCACCACUCUCGUCCAAAUCGCCCACAAGACUAUGACUUUCACUGAGUAUGAAGGGAGUCAGAAAGCCCAAGGAAAGAAGCUUGCACUGCGCAACGAUAUCGGUCCCUGGAUGGGUGAGGUUGUCCGAAGCGCAAACUUUGUGACAGUGACACCGGCUACGGCAGGUACCCAACCCUACAAAAGCUUCAAUGCCUCGCAUGCCCAGGCGGCCUUGUUCGAUGACGCGGCGGCCAUGCAUCGGAAGGACGGACUCAUGGUGUAUGGAAACUCUAUGCGACCCAUCUUCGCUGUCGGAGACGAGAAGCAACCCCCACCAACACUUCUAACCAUGGGAGAAAUGUAUCCGGACGGUACCGCAGUCAACCGCUUCGGAUAG